GUGAUAUUAAAAGUAAACAAAAUAAGAAUAUUGGAGUCAAGAUUUGCAAGCUAACACUGAAUAAAAUUUAAAAAGUGUACAAACUACCGAUGAAGAAAUCAAGAUGAGCCAAGAAGAUACUUGUAAACCAAGAUUUAAAGGCAUUGAAAAUUUCUUACGACGCAUAGCUUUUAAUUUAGGUAACUCUCCAUCCCAGACGGAAGUAAAAAUAAUCUCGUGUAUACCAAUAGAUGUCACCGAUCUUCAACAGAAAAUACUAUUGCUGGAAAAAGAAUUAAGUGAUGCCAAAAAACAAAAAAGUGCAGCUAAACAUAAAAUCAAAAUCGAUUGCAAUAGAUUAGAUAGAAGAGUAAUAUAUGACUCAUCAGCAGCAAACCAGUCUGUAGCCAUCUCCCAGUGCGACAAUAGCCCGUCUCUCGACUACACUUUGGAUCAAAAUUUCUCGAACGUGACUACCGAAUUAUCUUCUCACUCGAAACCUCUCAUUGAAGCGAUAUACGAGCGAGCCAUGUCGGAACAAACCAUGAAAUCCAAAUGGGACAAACGCAAGUUCAACGCCAACAAAUGCGUAAAGAACAUUUUCAGAAAACGGAAAAAACAAACACAGAAUAGGGGACAGACUCAAUUCGUGUACUAUGCACAUACAGAUUACGGGCCGAAUUUACCUGAAAUGAACAAACUGAGCUACUCGUACUUGUCUGAUGUGUUCCGAAAACACUAUGAUCCUAAACUGGUGCUACGGGAGUGUUCAGACACGAGCCACUUCUCUGAACCAGUUUGCAGGGAUUUAAGUCACAGCAAAAAAUCAGUGCCAUAUGACUCUGAGGUAUGUUCAUGUUGUCACGGUAGAUUUCAAAACGUUGAUAUUUAUAUGAACGAUGAGGAUAAAAGUGACGCAGCAGUCUUCCCACUUAAAAAAACAGAAAAGGUUAAAAAUGAACCAAGCAUAGUUGAUUUACUUCCUGUUAAAGAGAGAUCUACUAAAAAGAAGCCUAAUUCAAGAAACGAUAAUAAAUUAAAAAUACAUUACAACAUUAACAACGCGGAAUGGUCGCUACAACAUGAUACUCAACAUACGCACUGCUACAAUUAUGCAAUAGACAAUAAUAGAGAAUUCAAAGUUUCUAAACAAACCAAAUGUAAGAAUACAUGUCAAAAACAUACUAUACACAGUAAAGCUGGACAUCGCGAGGCAACAAACAUUUACAAAGGGUCAUGCACACCUGUAAAAAUACAUAAAAAUAAAGUUGAGAAAAGUUUAAAAGAAAACAUUUCAAGUAUCCAAAUAAAAACCGCUAUCUGCGACUGCACCAAAACAGAGGCUAUGUUGAACGAAAUAAAGAAGAUGUUACGAACAGUCUUAAAUGAAAUAAAAACUAACACUGAAACUCGUUAUAUCAAAGAUGACGAAAGGAAGAGAGACGCUGUGAUUCAAAACGAUUCCUCCGGUAACGAUAUGCAACGCUCGACGUUUCUCCAUAGCUUUAUGUACAACACCUCAAAUUAUUGCACAAAUCCCUAUCUCUUGCCAUUCACAGGACAAGUACCUUUAACACAGUACUGUUUUUCAAACAUGCCUUUGCAGCCUAUAAAAUGUCCCACGAAAGAAGCACCACAAAGUGCUCUAUGCCCCAAAUCUGCUACUACUCGAUCUACAAAUACAGAUAAUGUAGAGAUUAUCAAACCAGAUAAUAAAGAAACAGGUGAACUUAUAAAAGAAAUUUAUAAAUCAAUCAAGACAAGCGCGGAUAAUCCAAGUAAUGCUGGAUCUAGCAAUGAUGAAAUAAUAGCUGCCACCAACGAUUCUACAUCAAACACAAAGAUUAAUCGUACGUGUAGAGAUGUAAGCCUGAAUGUUUCGAAUGUGAAAAAAGAUGCGCAAGUGGAAGCUCUAUUAUCCUGUCUGACUUCUUACACAGCCAGCAAUGUGGUAUGCACUGCUAUAGCUCCAAAAUCUGGAUUCGGUGUUAAAGAAAAUGAUGCUCAUAGGUUUACCAAACAUGAUGAUAUAUCUGAAGAAGAUGAAUAUACUGAGACAGUUGUUUCAAGUAGCUAUGUAACGGGAAGCACUAAGGUUCCAAAGAAAACUGGUGUUCUAGCAAAAAUGCUAUCCGUUUUCAAGAAAAACAAAAGUAAUAGAGACGAAGAAACAGAAAUUAGUGAUACAGACGACUACGAGACUGUAUACACUGUCUAUACAGAUAAGGCGAAUAACACGCCCAAAAUAAGAAGACCUGUUGGAAUCAACAUUAGGGUACCACCGAGUCGUAACAAGAACAAACGUAGGUCAAAGGAGGAAUGCAGAAAACAGUGGAUAGACGAGUUGUUGAACGAACAAAGCAGAUAUUACGCUCCCAAAAACAAUACGCAAUCUUUCAAGUCCUACCCGAAAGCAGUGUAUGGUAGAGAUUAUGAAGCGAGAGCGGCAAUUGUGGUACCAAAUCGUAAUUAUAAUUAUUAUAUACCGAAUCGGCCCAAAUAUGAGAAUGCAAAUAAAAUGUGUAGAUUACCAAUAGGAAGAAAGAAAAUUUCGUACCUAAAGAACGCGAAGUUAAUGCGUUGUGGAAGAGAUUGGAAGAAAUUCAUCAUGGAGUCCUAG